AUGGGGAAAAUUUUUUGUGCGUUGCUCUUCAUGUCCGCGGCAUCAGUCAUUUCAGGCCAGAAUGUGAUGAAUAAUUGCGCACAUCUCGCGUCUUCUGUUUUUCCGGAAGCAGGAACUCUAGGAUCAAGGGACCAUUGCUCUGCUGUGGUGGGAAACAUCAAAAGCUACACUUCGCAUUUGAAUCAUGUCACUUCCAUGCUACUGGCGUCCAAUUACGAAUAUAUGCAAGUUAUUUCGCCGACUCGACGUUUCGAUCAGUCGGAGUUGGUAUCCUUGGGCUUUGCAUUGGACAGAGAAAAGCAUUUCCUUGGGAGUAUCAGUCAAAUUCUCAAAACAUCCGGAGGAUCUGAAACUUUGGGUGAUCCCUUGCUGAACGAUUUCUUGGAAUCAUCCUUCACAAGCGAAAACAUGAAACGGGUUCGAGACAUAUCUGGAUUGCUGAACAACUUCCAUGCCAUGUCUGGACCCUAUGAACUGCCACUUGCCACGUUCCACAUCAACCAAGCUCUCAAGAAGCUCACCGUUGAUUAAGCGGAAAAGGCGACCGAAAAAUUAGUGCAUUCAGCAUUUUCAAGACUGAAGGACGCUUGAAAUUCGAAAAACGGCAAUUUAUUUUCAUUUCUCGCGUACUUCUAAAUAAUUCAGGUUGCUGUCAAUUAAAAUGGCCGAGUUUCCCAAAAACCGUGUGGAAAUAUCCCGUUGGAAACGGACUGUUCACGCUUCAUUUUCUUGUUUUGUUCUGAUCCCAAAAAUACGGUAAUGAUGUUGCGAAUACGUGAUACGUCGUUGAAAUUGGCUUUUUCAGUUCAUAUUUUAUUCAUUCCAUUUCUAGAAAGAGUUUAUGCAAUUCUGAAUUUCAUUAUCUAACAUAUUGGACGGUAUAUUAACUAUUCAAGGCAUUUUCUCCCGAACUUCAGAAAAAAUUGUCAAGGAAAUACAUUUUGUUGAAAGAGCCCUGAAAUUUCAAUAAAUGGAGAGAAUCGGCGAAUUUGUAAGUUCAUUGAAAAAUGUUUUUUGUUAUUUUCAUCAUGGAGACAUUUCCUUUGAUCAAGUCAGGUUUUUAUGUAAAAUACUGU